UACAGCCGAAGGAACUUUAAUUAAUUCAAACUAGAGUAACUGCGGCUGAACUAAUGAUCAAACUUCUGUGAGUUCGACCAGAAGCUUUCGGAUGUGCUGUCUAUCCUUAUAAAGGUAAAAUUGUGUGUUCACCUUAACCUUGCCCGCUUUGACAAGUGAUUUGGUACUCGCUCAGCGUAGCAAGGUGCUUUGUUUGAAAUGCUAAUCAGGUAGUGAGGUCAAGGAACAUUUAAAAUUUGGCGGGAAAUUACUAUUCCACGUGUUACGGGCACGCGUCAUUUCAUUAACACCUGAUUAUUAAGCUGUGUUUGUUACGCACAGUAAAGAAACCUUCGCAAUAUUGACCGGCUUGGUAUUGAGCAAUAUUGUGGUUAACUACUUAACUGAGGAGGUCAAGCGUGAAACCCAUCUUCACGCGCUUUAAUGUAUUGCUUCAUUUGUUCUUUGAAGUUUAGUCGCCGCGGCACGCUUCAGUUUUGAAAGAAUUAGCACUUUUUUUAAAGAAUGUCCCUUUAUGAAGUGUUGUGCGCUAAAUUAAAGAAAAUGAAGGCUUUAUUAGUCAUAAAAUCUUCCUUGCCGAUGCCCUACAUAAAUUACGGUAAAUUUGCCUGAAAACUCUACAUUUCGAUAUUUGAAUUCUUGAGAUGAGGUUUUGCAUAUUUCAUCUAUGUCAUGUAAUAUUUAAGAGACUGUAAACCGCUGUUGAAAUCUACCUGAACCAUUCCGUGCCUCCCUUUGUCGGUGAAGUGUUGUGCGCUAAAUUAAAGAAAAUCAAAGCUUAGUUUCGAAUUUUCUUUGCGUAUACCGCUUAUAAAUUCCAGUAGAUAUGCUUGGAUACUCUCUAAAAAUGUCCCAUAUACGAUGGGGAUCCUGCGUUGUACAAAGACCGGAAACUGCUGUUGAAAUAUGCUAGUACCACUUCGUGUUCAUUCCUUUCGCCCUAUGAUCAUAAAUUACACCACCACGUUUUCAUUUAAAAAAAAAUGCAUUUCAACUUGUCCCAAGCACAAAAGAUGAAAGAUUGCGGUAUUUUCGAAUAAAGCAUUUCGCAACUUUCUAGCUAAAGCUGUUACAAGCCACACAUGUGUGUGACAUUAGAUAAUUAUUUUAAUUAUUACAAUUACAAAGAGCCACGAAGACACGUGUCGUUUGAAAAGCAAUAGUUCUUUUGGCGCGCAUUUUGAGUUUCGUCGAAAAAAAAAAAAAAACUUCAAGAGCUCGUGGUUAUACAGUUUUCCUUUCGCAUGGAUACAUAUUAUUAGCUGCGUCGCACACGUGAAUUGAACUCGAUCUCUUGGAACCAAUAACGAAAACACAAAAAAGUGGAUGCAAUUGGCUUUCAAUCUCCUCGAAUAGCAUGACUGUGCAAGACCGCUCCUUGAAUUGUCGCGGUAAAUUUGGCGGGAAAUUUAAUAUUCCAUGCGGCCAUCGCCCACCUAUUUCGACACGUUUGCCUCCAAAAAUUCAGCUGUUCACACAUUGUGCUUCAUUUUGAUCAAAAGCUAGCUCGAAUUAAACACGAAAUAAGACUUCACUUCGCUUUCUCCUAACCUCGUUCUUGCAUUUAUAAGCAUCCGACAAUUUUCCAUUUAACGACGAUUUUGGCGGCCGUUCUUGCUGACGAGUUCAAAUCAAAUUGUUAAAAGUAUUAAUUCUUGUUAAAACAUGUUAUUGUUACCAACAGGUGUUAACGUGCUCUUUGCAUUGAGCACGAUUCACUCAGGUGUAUUGUGAAACUUAUUUCCUCCUUCAUAAGGCCUCAAGAGUUCAUAUUGCACGCAUUUGACAACAGGCGGUCGCGCCGGCAAGUAACUUGCGUGGAACUACGUAACUUAUUCGCCGCCAGUCAGGAACUGCUGAGAGAAGUUAUUAAUAUGAAGUUUACGGCGAUCAACUUAGUUGACAAAAAGGUAAAUAAAUCUCUACAAGAUCGACUUCGUCGUGAAAGAAUCAGUAAAAGUGUCGAAACUCUCAGAGAGCUGUUACUGGGGCCGUCUAUUGAACAUGCGAAGAUUGGAAAAGAGGAAAUUCUCAAACUUACCAUACAAUACAUCAGAAGACAAAAAGAACUUAAAACAGCUAAUGUGGAAGAGCGUAACUCGAUAGAAACGUGCAACAGAGAGGCGGAUGCCAAGACAAGGGAAAACGAUUUGAACAAACUGCAAGGUUUUUCGAUCAAAGAACAACUUCAAGUAACAGGAGAAGAAAAUGCAAAGACAUUGAAAUACGAUGAGGACCACGUCUCUAAUAAGCUAUACCCAAGUCAAUCAGAGAAUUAUCCAGCCCGUAGAUUCGCCGAAUUGCGAAAUACGAUACACAACCAAAGAAAUAGCACUCUGAAGAGAUCGCCUUUCCGUGAAAUUAAUUGUAACGACAAUAAACAACCAAUAUGGCGGCCAUGGUGAGAAGACAUGAGCCUCAAUUAACUUGAAUAUUAUUGUUAUAAAUCGUAAAUGAUAUAUCUUGGUCCUGUCUGUUGUAUUAUACACUACACGAAGUUCAUUAUUAAAAGGAGAUUUA